UGCCACCUUGUUCUUGGCACUUUGUAUGUCCUCUGAAGCCAAUAGCCACCUGCCCAGGUAUAAAAAUGAGGUGUAUGAAUUUGAAAUAGUGAUAACAUGCAAAGAGAAGAAUGGCAUGAGAUCCCUUACACGUCAUGUGUACUUUUCUCCUCCUCACGUCCUCCUCUCUCCUAUAAAUUUAAAUACCGACGCCCUCUACUCGCCACUUCACCACAACCCAAAGCUAGCUAGCUAUCUACCACUGAUCAAUACUAUGGCAAAGCAUUUAGCUCUCGCCUUUUCUCUUUGCUUGCUUGUUCUCUUCCACGGCUGCUUAGCCAGUCGCCAACAAUCCAGCCAGCAAAAUGAGUGCCAGCUGAACCAGAUUCAAGCCCGCGAGCCUGACAACCGUAUUGAGACUGAAGCAGGUCGGAUUGAGUCAUGGGACUACAACCAGGAUGACUUGCAGUGCGCUGGUGUCGCUGUUCAAAGAAUCACCAUUGAGCGUAAUGGCCUUCACUUGCCUUCUUACACUAACACUCCAAGGCUUGCGUACGUUGUACAAGGUAGGGGUCAUCUAGGGAUGGUAUUUCCUGGCUGUCCUGAGACAUUUGAGGAGUCUGAGCAAUCUGAUGAAGAACAACAGGAUCAGCAACAACAACGGCAAGGCCAACAAGGACAACAAGGACAAUUCGGACAGCAAGGCCAACAAGGACAACAAGACUUUGAACAGCUAGACCGACACCAGAGGGUGCGACGCGUCAAAGAAGGUGAUGUUAUCGCAAUCCCCGCCGGAGUCACAACCUGGUCUCACAACGAUGGUGACAGAUCUCUUGUUUUUGUUACUCUUUUAGACAUCGGCAAUAACCACAAUCAGCUUGACCAAAACCCAAGGCGAUUUUAUCUUGCUGGUAACCCACAAGAUGAGUUCAACCAACAAGGCCAAAGACAACAAGGACAACAAGGAAGGAGCAGGCAGCAACGGCAGGGAAACAACAACAACAACAUCUUUGCCGGCUUCGAGACACAGCUCCUCGCCGACGCUCUCAACAUCGACCAACAGACUGCCCAGCAGCUCCAGGGACAGAACGACAACAGGCCACAGAUUGUUAGGGUUCAGGGACGUCUCGACUUUGUCGAGCCACCACGGUCACAGAGGGAGGAAAGACAACUGCAAGGACAACAAGGACAACAGGGACAGAAUGGCCUUGAGGAGCUAUUCUGCCACAUGAAGAUCAAGCAGAACAUCGGCAAGCCUUCAAUGGCUGACGUCUUCAGCCCGCAAGCCGGUCGCAUCAGCACCCUCAACAGCUUUAGCAUGCCUAUUCUCAGGCACCUCCGCCUCAGUGCUGAGAGAGGCUUCUUGUACAACAAUGCUAUCCACAGCCCACACUGGAACUUGAAUGCCCAUGAGAUCGUCUAUGUCAUCAGAGGUAGCGCCAGGGUUCAGGUGGUGAACGACAACGGCGAGACCAUCUUGGACGACCAGGUCCGCCAGGGACAGCUCUUCGUCGUGCCACAGAACCACGCCGUGUUGCAGAAGGCCAUGAGCAACGGAUACGAGUACAUUGCCUUCAAGACCGAUGACAAUGCCAUGAUCAACACUCUGGCUGGCAGGACCUCCGUCUUGCGGGCACUCCCCGACGUGGUCCUCGCCAACGCCUACCAGAUGGACCGUGAGCAGGCAAGGAACCUCAAAUACAACAGGCAGGAGACCCUUGCCUUGAGCUCCUCAAGGUCUUCCCAGUCACAGGUACUGGUGGGAGUAAAUGAGAUGUAAAAAGAUGUGUUGCGGCAUGUAGUGUUAAAGUGGUACUUGCUAGCUAAGCGGUAGAGAAUGAAUAAAAGUAAGCCUUUUAUGUAUGGCUCUCGUGUACUACUAGAGAUCUAAUGCACUCAGUUAAUAAGUAGUAACCGUACUUGUAAUCUUUUACUCUUUUCUAAUGAAAUUUCUUUCUU